AUGCAAGAACAAUUUGAUUCGAAUGAAUACAAUUACUUUAUUCAAGGUCAUCGACGUAGAGUAAAGAUUUCUAAUCUUUAUAAUGAUAUUUCUUUAAACAGAAAAGAUCCUCAAAUUAUCUUGAAGAAUUUGAGCGAGAUCAUUGAUAUUGUCAAAGAUUACUGGGACUUCUACACGGAUUCAUGUUUUUCUGCUAAUCAAACAGAAUUAUUGUUCACAUUUUUAAAAGAUAAGGAAUUAUUGGACUCAGAACCGCAAAUCAGAGAUCUUACAAUUUAUAUCUUAUCGCAUGGAGCCAGUGGAUUGCUUUCUUCAUUCAAUUACGAAAAUAAAAUUACAAGUGUUGAAAAUAUCAUGAUUUUACUUGAAAUCAUUGCUAAUCCACAUAAUAACAAUGAAAUGCAAAAUGCUAUAACUCUCUUGAAGUACAUUAUGAAUUAUACAACUAAUAAACUUGGAAAUGGAUAUAUCGCAGAUUACCUUGCAAAAAAUGUAGAUAAAUUUUAUCCAUCAGUUAUUUGUUUUAUUGUUGAAAAACUCAGCCUCAUUUCGGAGCAAGCAGCAGAGAUCUUAGAAAACUAUCUUUUGGGCUACAUCAUUGAACACCAUGAUAUUAUUGACGAUUUCGUCCAUGAACAACUUUCAUAUUCGUUGGCAGCCAUUGCAUAUCUUCCAAAAGUUUCAGAAAAUAAUGUCCAAGUUUAUGCAUUUAUGGAAGAAUACUUACAAUCAAAUGAUCCAGUAUUUAUUGAUGCAGGAUUAAAAGUUGCGCAAACAUUAACUUUGAAAAUUGAAACAAUUAAAAAUUCAAUUUUGGGAUUCUUGGAUAGCCAAGUUUCAUCAAUUCUUAUAAAAACUAUUGGAAUACUUAUUGCAAAUUCUGCAGUUUGGGAGAAUGAUGAAGAAUGCUGUGACAUCAUCAUUAAUAAAUUAAAUGAUUUGUUCAAUUUCGGUAACGGAAAGGUCCAGAAUAUGUCAAUUGAUCUGAUGACAUGUGUAGAUCCUAAAAGCUGCAGGAUUACUGAAGAUAUUAUUGAUACUUUGAUUGAAAUGUUGGCGACAAAUUCACGUAGAUCCGAUGAAAUCUUAAAAAUUCUUGUUAAUUUUGCCUUUAAUAUAAGAAGAGGUACUAUUGAAUGUGAUAUUAAUUUGGAUGAUUUUCAAAAUAGAAUUUGGGAAAAUGAAACAUAUAUUGAUGAAUUUGUAAAGCAUUCACCAAAUUCUCAAGGCGAAUAUCAGAAACUAAUGACUAUUCUUCAAGCUUGA